GGGAGCGAAAAGCAGCGAUCAAGGAGAGAACAACAGUGGGGACUGGGACCGAACUGGCCCACAGGCAUGGCAGAAGGAGUGUGCAAGACGGAGGGAGAUGAGGGACCGAGCACAGAGGAAGACACGCAGUCCUUCCAUGGGGCCGGGGUGUGCAAGUGGUUCAACGUCCGCAUGGGCUUCGGGUUCCUGUCCAUGACCAACAGAGAGGGAAUGCCGCUGGACGAACCGGUUGAUGUGUUUGUCCAUCAGAGCAAGCUGCAUAUGGAAGGUUUCCGCAGCCUGAAGGAAGGCGAAGCGGUCGAAUUUACCUACAAGAAGUCAUCGAAGGGCCUCGAGUCACAGCGGGUUACUGGACCGGGCGGCAUCCACUGUGUGGGCAGCGAGCGGAGACCCAAAGGCAAAAAGGUCCAAAAGCGCCGCUCAAAGGGAGACAGAUGUUAUAACUGCGGAGGCCUGGAUCAUCACGCCAAAGAGUGCAAGUUACCACCCCAGCCCAAGAGGUGCCACUUCUGCCAGAGCAUCGACCACAUGGUCGCCAGCUGUCCAGUAAAAGCACAACAAUCUUCACCGGUUUCUCAGGGAAAACCGUCCCCCUUGAAAGAAGAUGAGGGGGAACACAGCCAGCCGGCGCCACCUCCUGAAACCUCUGAUUAA